GGGAGAUAUCCUGAAGCUGGACACCAGGCAGCCGAUCUGCAGAUUGAAAUGGCCCAGACGUCAGCCAAGAAGCCAGACCCGAACCAGCUUGUAUUCGGGACUUCGUUCAGCGACCACAUGUUGAUGAUUCAGUGGACGGCCGCAAGAGGCUGGGAGAGGCCACAGAUUAAACCACUGCAGAACCUCUCACUGCACCCUGCAGUGUCAGCUCUACACUACUCAGUGGAGUUGUUUGAAGGGCUGAAAGCCUACCGCGGAGUGGAUAAUAAGAUUCGCCUGUUCCGACCCAUGUUGAAUAUGCAGAGGAUGCUGCAGUCGGCCAUUCGAUCCUGUUUACCUGCUCCCGAGGUGAAAGAUGAGGUGUUCCUCCUCCAGUUUGCUGGCGGCCUUGUUUAG